ACCACUCUUGGCUCUUAAAACACCAAAAAAAAAAUCCCCAAAAAGCCCAAAAAGAAAAGGAAAAACAAAAAAGCCCCAUGAAUAUUCCUUUUUGUCCAAAUAAUUUCUUUCAGCUAAGCAACAGCGUUGGCACUAUUUGUUGUCACUUGGUUCUGCAUUUAGCAAUUUCUUGCUCAACAGUUGAAAACUGAUAUUUCCACUGGUUACUGUAUGAAGAAUUUUACAGUAAAAGAUGAUGCAAAGACAAAACCCUGGCAAAGUAAUAAAAGAAUGUUCUAGAAAUAGCCAAUAAUAUUUCAGAUAGUGGGAAGAAUGUGUUUAAGUUAUAAAGCUUUUGAUUUCUAACAAUAGAAUAAAGUUACUGCUUCCUCUUCGUAUUAUAAGAAUUGGAUGAGAUAUGACGGCUCAGCCAUCUCUCCCCAGUUCUUAUAUUAAUCAUUAAAAUUCAGAAAUACAACAACACGAGGGGUAACGGUAACAGCAGAUCAAUAGUUUAUUCUAGGUUAGUGUAGAGCCGUUUCGUUCUUGGGUGAACAGGCAUGCCGCUAGAAUACCAAAGAAGCUUCGACCAUAUGUCGGUAUCGAGCUGAGAGAAUACGUGUUGUCACCACCGCUGCUAGAGAGAAAAGAGAGCGAACGCUAUUGCUUUUUCUUCACCAGUUGCAUUGCGCAUGCGUGCUCGGGUACUUCCGCUGACGGCAAAUCCCUUGCACAUGCGCAAUGGCACUUCCCAAGAUGGGGGCCAUACGCGCCACUACAGUAUGUUACCUUGGUAAACGUAAAACCCAGAUUCUCAGACAUAUGACCUCAAUGAUUUUUCCUGGGAGUUUUAAUCUAACAUUCUGUUAGUAAUUAAUGGCAUCAAGAGAAUUACUUCAAACUUUUGCUGGGAUUUCGAAAUGUUUGAUUUUUGCUGACCAAAUUAACACCAUGGAAAACAAGAAAAGGAAGAUUGAUUUUGAACAUUGGGCUUUCAACAAUUCAUGGACACUGAACUUCUUCAUUGAACAUUUUGGCAAAUGUGUGUGCUUAAUUUGCCGAGAAACAAUAGAAGUUAAGAAGGUUCUGAAUAAAAAACAUAAUUACGAGGUUUGUCAUAACAAUUACAAUAGUUUCCUUGGAGUGGCACGAGAAGAUGAGGUAGCAAGGCUGAAAAACAAUCUUCUUAAGCAGUCUUCUUUCUUCACUUUUAAAAUUGAAGAAAGUGACAGAAGCAGCCAUGCUGGUUAUGAAGUUUCAAGACCGAUAGUAGAAAGAAUAAAGCCAUUCAGCAAUGGUGAAUUCUUCGAGGAAUGUAUGAUGAAAGUAGUAGAAGUUAUAUGCCCAGAAAAAAAGGAUUUAUUUUCUGAAAUCAGUUUGUCCUUCAGAACAGUCAUGUGAAGAAUUGAAGAAAUGGUGGUUGAUGUCAGGAGAAGCUUGGGAGGUGUGUUACAAAGUCUUGAAUAUUUUUCAAUUGUUAUCAACAACACUACUGAUAUGACAGAUACUUGCCAACUGGCAGUUUUUGCGAGGGGUGAUAUUCCACCCUUUAACAUUGUGGAAGAAUUUGCACAUGUCACCUCUUUGCAAGAUACAACUACCGGAUCAGAUUUAUACGAUAGCCUCAUGUAUCUGAACAGGACACUUUGUCACCUCAUCACCAGCGUUUUUAUCUUCUUUCCUAUCCAGAUACUCCAACCAAUUUUUAUAUUAUGUGAGACAGCCUUCUAUAGCAACACAUUUGUGUCUAUCCCCUGUCAUACUUUAGCCUCUCACCAUCUGGCAUAAAACCACCUCCCCCUCUACUACAGUCCCAUUCAGCUGAGGUGGCUUCUCUUUCCUUUGUCUUGCAAAUUACAUGGUGACUUCUCUAGUACUUGUAUCACGGAAAAAAAACACUCACUAAACUCUAUAAAGUUGUUGGCAUUAGAAAGGGCAUCCAACCAUAGAAACCAUAAGUCUUUUGGCUCACUGGAUCCUGUCAACCCAUUUGAUUCGAACCAGCAAGGAAGAUGGCAAUGAUGAUGAUAAUAUAUACUCAGGAAGAUUCAAAUAUACACAGAUAUUAACUGGUAUGUAUUUUAUAAACAAAGUAAUUUAUGGGAAAGAGAAAUUGAAUCUGAGGUCAGGUGGUGUGGUGGAGUGAGAAAAAGUAAUAAAGUGACAUUGAGAAAUGAAGUAGAUUGGUCAUACCACGUUGUGUCUUGGAGACACCAAACUGCUAUUUUCGAAACAUGGAUUACUUUGAAACUGAGAAUUAAUGUUUGUAGAAGCCAUGUGAAGUGAUAUCCAUUAAAAGACCUGAGUUCCCAUGGUUUCUUUUGUAUUUAUUUAUGUAGAAAUCGUUGAGUAGGCAGUUGCAAAAAGAAUGGUUGGUGUAUGUUUUCUAGGAAGUUAUUAAUGGAAAGAAAAGAAAACUGCAUUUUGGGAGAUUUGUUUUAUUUUUGUUUUUCUGCUUUGUCUCCAUGUAAUUGAUUGAAAAAUAUCCAUGUCAUAAGAAAAAUUAAGUAUCUUAAAAAAGGUUGUUUGUAAAAUGGGUUUGAUUGAUCUUUGUAACGUGGGUUUGAUAGAUUAUUGUUUAUGUGUGGAUGGUAUUUAUCUAAAAUGUGAGGGUGUGGGGUGAUGGCAGAAAUGGUAAAGCAUCCAAGAAAAUUUCAGGCCAUCUUUGUUUAACAUAGCAGAUAAAAUGCUUACUAGCACUUUCUUCUGGCUCAUUAUGUUCCAAGUUCAAAUUCUGUCAAGGUUGACUUUACCACCUCUCGUGGUCAAUAAAAUAUGUCCCAAUUGAGCACUAGGGGUCAAUAUAAUUGACUAA